GAGGGUCACGGACAUGAAAGUGAAGCACAGCGCCACCCUGUGAGUCUGGUGGGGAAAAAAACCCGUCUGAGGGUGAUAGGUUGAAAUACUAGAAGUCGUAACACACAUUCAGGUCAGACCCGGAGAGAUACCGACGGGCUGUACUCGGUUGUAUUGACCUCCGUGCUGUAUGUGACUGUGUGUGGGAGGAUGACACCGACGGAGGAGACCAGCAGCAGCGUUAGCUCACAUCACUGGCAGCUCUCGCCUCCACAGCCACAAACCAUUCAAUGCGAGUGAACUGUCGGCUAGUGUGUGGACCACGGAGGGAGGGAGGGGGUGGGUGGGACGUGCAGCAGAAAUGUUGACUAGCUACGUUUGAUGGAGGAAGAAGAAACAAAGCUGCUUCGAUACAGACUAGUUAUGUUUUGUCAAUGACAACAGACAAAGCGGUCCAGACCAAUGCUACCGCUUCUGUUGUAGCUAACAGCCAACCUGCUGGUCAGAUAGCCAGCUAACUUUAGCGUCAUCGAGCCCUGAUUCUGCCUCUUGUUACCUACGCUUUCUGGAAAACCCCAAGGGCCAUGGAUUUCCCGGGCCACUUUGAGCAGAUCUUCCAGCAGCUCAACUAUCAGCGUGUCCAUGGUCAGCUGUGCGACUGUGUCAUUGUGGUGGGCAGCAGACACUUCAAGGCCCACCGCUCAGUGCUGGCAGCCUGCAGCACCCACUUCAGAGCCCUGUUUACCGUUGCAGAGGGGGAUGCAAGCAUGAAUAUGAUCCAGCUGGACAGUGAGGUGGUAACAGCUGAAGCUUUUGCCGCUCUCGUGGACAUGAUGUACACCUCCACACUGAUGCUGGGGGAGAGCAACGUCAUGGAUAUCCUCCUUGCGGCCUCACAUCUGCACCUCAACAAUGUGGUCAAGGCCUGCAAACACUACCUGACCACACGCACCCUGCCCAUGUCCCCCACAUCCGACAGACCCACCCAUCACCACCCUCACCAGGAGCAGCAGAGGCACCGGCAGCAGCAGCAGCAGCAGCAGCAGCAGCAACAAGUAGCAGAUUUAGCAGUGAACCCUUCCCUAGCAGCUAAUGCUAACCUCGCAGCAAACGCUGCCACGUCAAAGUUGCAGCGCUCCUUCCUCCUGCAGCAGCUGGGGCUCAGCUUAGUGAGCUCUGCUUUGGGUGGGAUGGAGGAGGAUGGAGUUGGCAGAGGAGUGGUUGAACAGAGGGCCUCCUUCCCAAUCCGACGCUUCCACAAACGCAAGCCGUCUCUGGCCCUGGGCCUGUCAGAGGAGAGACCCAGGCAGAGGCAGCGCCCCUCCGGCCCUAACCUGGGGUUGUUAGGAGAAGGAGGGGUGAACGCAGAGCGAGAGGAAGGAGCUCUACUCUCCCCAGACUCACACAAGAUGGGAGAUGAGUCCAAGUUGGAUGCCGCAAUCACUGGCCUGGUAGCGGUGUCCCAAGAUGAUCCUCAGAUGCCCAGCCAGUCGGACAGUGGGCAUUGUGAGGGGGAGGACUUGGGGAGAAUGCAGGGAGGGGUGAGCAAGGAGGAGGACAUGGAAGAGCAGGACCACCAGGACAAUAGAGCGGGGGUGAAGAUCAAAUCAGGGAAAGAGGAGGAAGAGGUCGAAGAACAGAAGGUGGUGGUUAAACGAGAGCCAUUAAGUUCGCCUGAACCAACAGAUGAAAUCAGCGACGUGACAUCGCAGGCUGAAGGCAGCGACCCGGCUGAGCCCGGCGGCCAGGAGGAGGAGGAGAAGGCGGAGCUGAGCCCAGAGAGCAGUGACCGAAGCUUCACCUCUGAGCCCCAACCCAGCUCUGACUCUCUGCUGCAGCCCAGCUCGCAGCUUCUCCUCAAGAGCAGCAUGGGAGGAGGCGCCGGAGUCGGAGGAGGUUUUGGGUGUAAUAACGGACUGAGUGGCAAACCUGGUUUUAGUAUUUCUAGCUUCCUCAACCCGAAGGAUUUCGGAAGUGGCGGGACAGGGUUGGUUGCCGGAGAGGACGACCUCCCCAACACAACAACUGGAGAUGCGGUAGCACAUCACUUCCUGCUCAGACAGGAAGCUGCUGGUCCAUCCGGCUCGGCUUCUUCCUCUCUUCUGCAGUCGGGUCCUCUCAGUGGUGAGAGUCGCAACAGUUUCGGAGACAAUCUGCAAGCUGAUUCUCUAUUUCUCCGCCCCCUUCAUGAUGGUUUAGGGAACCCUCGAGGAAGUGGGGGAAGUGGUAGUGGAGGGUGUGGCGGGGUAGAUCCCUUUGGCUUGGACUUCCAGCGCUCCAGCCUGGGACUUCACUCCCUGGGUCGACCGUCACGAGGGGCAGCAGGAACGACUGCCGCCGCUCUGGGUUAUCCAGGUUACAGACGUAUUGCUCCAAAAAUGGCCACCGGCAUGGGGGGAGAAGAAGGAGUAAGCAGCGUUCUCCAGGAUGCCGCCUCUUCGUCCUCAAGUCUGGCUGGUCCCCUGCUUUUAAACAAGAGUGGUGGAUAUGAGAUGAACAGUGGCAGGCCCACCUCCCUCCCCCCUCAGCUGACCCGAGCUUCAGCCGAUGUCCUGUCAAAGUGCAAGAAAGCUCUGUCGGAGCAUAACGUCUUGGUGGUUGAGGGGGCUCGGAAAUACGCCUGUAAAAUCUGCUGCAAAACCUUCCUCACGCUGACUGACUGCAAGAAACACAUCCGCGUCCACACAGGAGAGAAACCGUACGCAUGUCUGAAGUGUGGGAAGCGCUUCAGCCAGUCCUCCCACCUAUACAAGCAUUCCAAGACCACCUGCCUGCGCUGGCAGAACAGUAACAUGUCCAAUGCCCUGCUGUAGGACUCAUUAGGAAUCAGCGACGGGCUGCCCCGACAACGUUUUGAUUUUUCUGAAGCUGUGACAGAUGUUCUGUCCAAAUUAACCGGUCCUGAUCACAGACCAAAGAUAGGGAUAAUAAUGUAACCAUACAUUUCCUUUUCCAGGAGGAACCCACACUAUCAAAUCAGUGAAAGUUAUCAUAAAGACAUUUAGGUGGUAGAAAGAUUAUAGGGAUGCAGGACAUACAAAGGUGCCACAUUUAUUGCUAUGGAUUCAUUAUGGAGUACCAUAGAUACACACUGUAUUCUCCCCUGUACAAAUAUCAUGAGAGUAUUAUGAGGAUUGUCCUUCAAUACAUGCAGCCAAUGGACUUUACAUAAUGUGAUCCGGGCCAGUCUAGACUUGGGUUUUGAAGCUGCCACACUGUUAGCUAUAUGUAUGCUAUAUACAUAUAUAUAUAUAUAUGUGGCUUUAUAUGUGUGAAGUUUAGAUCUGUUGAGGUGAGCCCUCAGUGCUAAACAUCUAAUUUGAGGUACGUUCAUUGAAGCAAAUUUAUAUAUAAUUAUAACACUCAGUCUGAGUGGUUACAGAUCAGAGGCAGCUGUGCAGCACCAACAUUAAGAACAAAUGUCAUGUAAAAUAUCUGUCCUUAUGUGUAGAUUUUUCAUUGCACAUUUGUAAAACAUGUAGCAGCAUCCCACAUCACACUUUUGAGUCAUCGUAAGCGUGCUCAUUGACUGUGCCUCAUUCGGUGCAAGGAUAGUCGUACAGACUAUGGAUGAACUGAUUCAGAUUCAGUUUGUGUGCCAGAUUUAAUGCCUGUAAGAGGUGUUGAUGGGUGUGUGCUCUUGAUGCUUACUCUACUGUACAAAAAGGUGGAUAGAGUCGGAUUCAGUCCUGUGAGGUUGUCAGGUCUAGGUAAUGCCAAAAUGUAUAACUUCUGUAACAGUAACUGUAACUUCUAAAAACACUUUGAUUCGACUGAUGUGAGAUUUUUGACCUCUAUAGUUGCCUUUCAGUCCAAAGCACCUUUGAAAAGUGUUGGGCAGUCAUUACUAGUAAUAAUAUUACAGUAAUAAUAAGACUUUAACUACUAGGGUAAUUAAUUAUUAAUGGAAUAUUUCCAGCUCCCAUUACUUAGAUUUUGGGAGAAAGGACACAAUGACCAAUUUCAUUAGGAGUUGCAGAAAAGUAAUAUAACUAUUAGUGUAACUAAUUACUGUUGGCAGGGAGUAUUACGUAAAGUAAUAAUAUUUCUUAAAAGACUUACUAGUAAUAAAUAAAAAAAUCUGAGUAACUAGCCCAACACUGCCUUUGAAUUCUCACCAACAGAAGUGUUGCUCGGCUCAGUUAAAGUUCAGAAUAUGUCUGGUCACUGGCAAGCUAAUUCAGUUUGCACUGAUGGGGCCUUCACACUUGAUGUGACUACAGGAAUAAAUGUCUCGCUUAGAAAGAUCUAUAUCUGUAGUUUGUCAAAUGCAAGUUUUGAAGAAAUGGGAAACUUUGAAUUGUGCUAAUCAACCUUUUACCACAAUUUGCUUGCCAGGCAGAUCUGUUAACCCUGGAAUUAAUCUGCAUUGUUUAGGGGCACAAACCAAUCACAGCAAGCAGAGGGAGAUGCAUUAUAAUGCUGUUUUAAUACCCAGAUAACAACUUCACGGGAAAAUGCACCUUAUUUUGUGUCAUGAUGUGCAAAACUGGCAAGUAGUUGUGGUCUGUAUAAGAUAUGAGAUUUAAGUGACUUUCCGUCCUUACUGACUGAGAAUGACCACAGGAAGUUCAGCUGUGGCCAACAAGUUUACUUGACCAUCCACAGACACAUCAGCUAAGUUUCCCUGGUCGCCGGUGUUCUUGUGUGUACAGUAUGUUUAUUAAAAAGGACAAUGAAGUUUCACUGAGAGGUAGAGUCGUAAAUAUUGCACAUUUGUGGUUGAUUUCAUCAUUUUUUUUUCGGAGGAGACAAAACAACUCAUGAAGAACAAAAGUUUGCUACUGUACUUGAUAUCAGUGCUUUAUACAUUUAAUGUAUCUCUCACAAAAGCACUUAGACAAAUCUUUUUUUUUUUUAUCACUGGAAUGUUGAACAAUGUGAAGACGUUGCUUAAUUGCGAUUAUCCAAUUUUACUAACUCUUUCCGUUAAACUACUAUCAGGAUGAGUUUGCAAGCUAAGGGUUGUAGCAUUUUUGCUAGCAGGUGAUCUAUAACAUACAACUUCCACAGUUUGUGAAUUACUAAUACACGUUUAAAAAAAUAAUUUUAUAGGGUCAAUGUCCUGUCAGUGUUAUUUUCAGGAGUUUUAGCUGUUUUUUUAUGUAUGUUACCUGUAUUUUAAUGUAAGGUUGACAGCUUUCUUACAAUUGACGAACUGCAUAAGAAAAAAAAUACAAACAUGCUGAGAAGUAAUCUAAAUUCGCAGCUUAUCAUAUAAAGGAUUUCUACAUCAGCUCAGUUCUGGAUGCCUGACUUCCUGCGGGUUGUAAAUAGGAGCAGCUUCAUUGGUAGACAGUCGGUUAAUUGAAAUCUGUGUUCAUGCAGUGUUGUAGAGUUCUGUGUCAGUGAACCAAAAUGGAAAAAAAUAACACUUUAUAUACAUGUUUGCCUUUUCGUAUACCUUAUUGCUUGCUGUAUUGUGUCGCCUACACUGUCUAUGAGAAACACAUGGUCAUUGCUUCCAUUUCUAGUUGCACCUUAUUGUACUGUAGAGUCAUCACACUGUUAGCCUGUACAAAAUGACUAUAUUAUUUGAAACAUAUGUUAAUGGAUAAUCCGGACUUUUUAACUUCAGAAGAAUAAUUGCCUUGUAGGAUGUUUGCCCUGUAAACAUAAGCUAACCUACCGUUUGCCCUGUACUUCUUUAUACUUUGAUUGAUAGUAAAGUCGCUGAAGCGCGGCCACAGAAUUUUAAAAUGAUCACUGGUGGUUAAAUCCCGAAUCUGACGUCUGUUCCUGUGUUCCCUACUGGAAUAUCCUCUUGAGAAAUACCGAGUUGUACAGGUGAUGAGGCGAAGGAGAUGUAGUCCUCCAAAACAUCCUCCAUGUCUCACACAGUGGCCUGUUAAGGAUUGUUAUGGUGCUGUCUUCUAAAGCUGUUGCUUAAACAGUUAAUGUGAAUCUCUGAAAAAUGCACUGACUGUAUUACCCCUGUAUGAAUAUGCCAAACUUUAAAAAUAUAUAAAAGGCCUAAAUUGAUUAUGGAAGUCACUGCCUUAUGCCCUCUAGCUUGAAAAGCUGGGCUUUUUGUUGAUAUGCCAAAUCUAAAGUAUUUCUGUGUUUGUUUGUUUUUCUGUAUAACUAACAUAGUGUAACCAUGAGAGGACUAAAUGUUUGUCUCUUUACUGUUGAAGGCUAUAAAGAUUGUAUAGUAUGUUCGGUUGGUGUAUAGACUGAAUAAAAAAAAACAAAGAAAUUCA